CAUGGCUGGAGCGCGGCGGAGGUGAGCCGUCCGCCGCCUGCAGCUCCAGCCUCCUGCGCGCGACCGCCGCGGCUCCGGCGGCGCCUCAGUUCUGCGGUGCAGAGGCCCAGGGGCCCGGCUGUUGCUCGCCGCCGGCAUGUGGGGCGCCCCGGACGAGAGCUCUGUGCGGGUGGCUGUCAGAAUAAGACCACAGCUUGCCAAAGAAAGGAUUGAAGGUUGCCAUAUUUGUACAUCUGUCACACCGGGAGAACCUCAGGUCUUCCUAGGCAAAGAUAAAGCUUUCACUUUUGAUUAUGUGUUUGACAUUGACUCCCAGCAAGAGCAGAUCUACACUCAGUGUAUAGAAAAACUAAUUGAAGGUUGUUUUGAAGGAUAUAAUGCUACAGUUUUUGCUUAUGGACAAACUGGAGCUGGCAAAACAUACACAAUGGGAACAGGAUUUGAUGUUAACAUCAUUGAGGAAGAACAGGGUAUUAUUUCUCGUGCUGUUAAACACCUUUUCAAGAGUAUUGAAGAAAAAAAACACACUUCCAUUAAAAAUGGACUUCCUCCUCCAGAUUUUAAAGUGAAUGCCCAAUUCUUAGAGCUGUAUAACGAAGAGGUUCUUGACUUAUUUGAUACCACUCGUGAUAUUGAUGCAAAAAAUAAAAAAUCAAAUAUAAGGAUUCAUGAAGAUUCAGCUGGAGGAAUUUAUACCGUGGGCGUCACAACACGUACAGUGAUUACAGAAUCCGAGAUGAUGCAGUGUUUGAAGCUGGGUGCUUUAUCCCGGACCACUGCUAGUACCCAAAUGAAUGUUCAGAGCUCUCGUUCACAUGCCAUUUUUACCAUUCACUUGUGUCAAACCAGAAUGUGUCCCCAAAUAGAUGCUGAAAGUGCAACUGAUAAUAAGGUGAUUUCUGAAUCAUCACAGAUGAAUGAAUUUGAAACUCUGACUGCAAAGUUCCAUUUUGUUGAUCUGGCAGGAUCAGAAAGACUGAAGCGUACUGGAGCUACAGGCGAGAGGGCAAAAGAAGGCAUUUCCAUCAACUGUGGACUUUUGGCACUUGGCAAUGUAAUAAGUGCAUUGGGAGACAAGAGCAAGAGGGCCACGCAUGUUCCCUAUAGAGAUUCUAAGCUGACAAGACUACUACAGGAUUCUCUUGGGGGUAAUAGCCAAACAAUCAUGAUAGCAUGUGUCAGCCCUUCAGACAGAGAUUUUAUGGAAACUUUAAAUACCCUGAAAUAUGCCAAUCGAGCUAGAAAUAUCAAGAACAAGGUGAUGGUCAAUCAGGACAGAGCUAGUCAGCAGAUCAAUGCGCUCCGUAGUGAGAUCACACGACUUCAGAUGGAGCUUAUGGAGUACAAAACAGGUAAAAGAAUAAUCGACGAGGAGGGUGUGGAAAGCAUCAAUGAUAUGUUUCAUGAGAAUGCUAUGCUACAGACUGAAAAUAACAACCUGCGUGUAAGAAUUAAAGCCAUGCAAGAGACGGUUGAUGUAUUGAGGACCAGAAUCACACAGCUUGUUAGUGAUCAGGCCAACCAAGUUCUUGCCAGAGCAGGUGAAGGGAAUGAGGAGAUUAGUAAUAUGAUUCACAAUUAUAUUAAAGAAAUUGAAGAUCUCAGGGCAAAAUUAUUAGAAAGUGAAGCAGUGAAUGAGAACCUUCGAAAAAACUUGACAAGAGCCACAGCAAGAUCACCGUACUUCAGUGGAUCAUCAGCUUUCUCUCCUACUAUAGUAUCCUCAGACAAAGAGACCAUUGAGAUUAUAGAUCUAGCUAAAAAGGAUUUAGAGAAGCUGAAAAGGAAAGAAAAGAAGAAGAAAAAAAGGCUACAGAAACUUGAGGAAAGCAAUCGAGAAGAAAGAAGUGUGGCUGGUAAAGAGGAUAAUACAGACACUGACCAAGAGAAGAAAGAAGAAAAGGGUAUUUCAGAAAGAGAAAGCAAUGAAUUAGAAGUUGAAGAAAGUCAAGAAGUGAGUGAUCAUGAAGAUGAGGAAGAGGAAGAGGAGGAGGAAGAAGAUGACGUUGAAGGGGGUGAAAGCUCUGAUGAAUCAGAUUCUGAGUCAGAUGAAAAAGCCAAUUAUCAGGCAGACUUAGCAAACAUUACUUGUGAAAUUGCAAUCAAGCAAAAGCUGAUUGAUGAACUAGAAAACAGCCAGAAAAGACUACAGACGCUGAAAAAGCAGUAUGAAGAGAAGCUAAUGAUGCUGCAACAUAAAAUUCGGGACACUCAGCUUGAAAGAGACCAGGUGCUUCAAAACUUAGGCUCAGUGGAAUCUUACUCAGAAGAAAAAGCAAAAAAAGUUAGGUCUGAAUAUGAAAAGAAACUGCAAGCCAUGAAUAAAGAACUGCAGAGACUUCAGACAGCUCAAAAAGAGCAUGCAAGGUUGCUUAAAAAUCAGUCCCAAUAUGAAAAGCAAUUGAAGAAAUUACAGCAGGAUGUGAUGGAAAUGAAAAAAACAAAGGUUCGCUUGAUGAAACAAAUGAAAGAAGAACAAGAAAAAGCCAGAUUGACAGAGUCUAGAAGAAACAGAGAGAUUGCUCAAUUGAAAAAGGAUCAACGUAAAAGAGAUCAUCAACUUAGACUUCUGGAAGCCCAAAAAAGAAACCAAGAAGUGGUUCUUCGUCGCAAAACAGAAGAGGUUACAGCUCUUCGUCGGCAAGUAAGGCCCAUGUCAGAUAAAGUGGCUGGGAAAGUCACUCGGAAGCUGAGCUCAACUGAUACCCCUGUUCAGGACACAGGUUCCAGUGCAACUACCAUAGAAACAGAUGCAUCAAGGGCUGGAGCCCAGCAGAAAAUGAGAAUUCCUGUGGCAAGAGUCCAGGCCUUACCAACACCCACGACAAAUGGAACCAGAAAAAAAUAUCAGAGGAAAGGAUUGACAGGCCGAGUGUUUACUUCUAAGACAGCUCGCAUGAAGUGGCAGCUUCUUGAACGCAGGGUCACAGACAUCAUCAUGCAGAAAAUGACUAUUUCCAAUAUGGAGGCUGAUAUGAAUAGGUUCCUCAAGCAAAGGGAAGAACUCACAAAAAGACGAGAGAAGCUUUCAAAAAGAAGGGAAAAGAUAGUCAAGGAAAAUGGAGAGGGAGAUAAAAAUGUGGUUACCAUCAAUGAGGAGAUGGAGUCAUUAACUGCUAAUAUAGAUUAUAUCAAUGACAGUAUUUCUGAUUGUCAAGCCAACAUCAUGCAGAUGGAAGAAGCAAAGGAAGAAGGAGAAACGUUGGAUGUCACUGCAGUCAUUAAUGCUUGUACACUUACAGAAGCCAGAUACCUGCUAGAUCACUUCCUGACAAUGGGUAUCAAUAAGGGUCUUCAGGCUGCCCAGAAAGAGGCUCAAAUUAAAGUACUUGAAGGUCGGCUUAAACAAACUGAAAUAACCAGUGCUACACAAAACCAGCUCUUAUUUCAUAUGUUGAAAGAGAAAGCAGAAUUAAAUCCUGAGCUAGAUGCUUUACUAGGUCAUGCUUUACAAGAUCUAGAUAGCAUACCAUUAGAAAAUGUAGAGGACAGCACUGAUGAGGAUGUACCUUUAAACAGCCCAGGAUCAGAAGGAAGCUCACUCUCUUCAGACCUUAUGAAGCUUUGUGGUGAAGUGAAACCUAAAAACAAGGCCCGAAGGAGAACCACCACUCAAAUGGAAUUGCUGUAUGCAGAUAGCAGUGAACUAGCUUCAGACACUAGUACAGGAGAUGCCUCCUUGCCUGGCCCUCUUACACCUGUUGCAGAAGGGCAAGAGAUUGGAAUGAAUACAGAGACAAGUACUUCUGCUAGGGAAAAAGAGCUCCCUCCCCCAUCUGGCUUCCCUUCUAAGAUAGGCAGCAUUUCCAGACAGUCAUCUGUAUCAGAAAAAAAGUUACCAGAGCCUUCCCCUGUAACAAGGAGAAAGGCAUAUGAGAAAGGGGAAAAAUCAAAGGCCAAGGAACAAAAACACUCAGAUUCUGGAACCUCAGAGGCUAGUCUUUCACCUCCUUCUUCCCCACCAAGCCUGCCCCGUAAUGAACUGAAUGUUUUUAAUCGUCUUACUGUUUCUCAGGGAAACACAUCAGUUCAGUCUGAUGAAAGUGAUUCCUCUCUGUCGGAGGUACACAGAUCCUCCAGAAGGGGCAUAAUCAACCCAUUUCCAGCUUUGAAAGGAAUCAGAGCUUCUCCACUUCAGUGUAUUCACAUAGCUGAAGGGCAUACAAAAGCUGUGCUCUGUGUGGAUUCUACUGAUGAUCUUCUCUUCACUGGAUCAAAAGAUCGUACUUGUAAAGUAUGGAAUCUGGUGACCGGGCAGGAGAUAAUGUCACUGGGAGGUCAUCACAACAAUGUAGUAUCUGUAAAAUACUGUAAUUAUACCAGUUUGGUCUUCACUGUGUCAACAUCUUAUAUUAAGGUGUGGGAUAUCAGAGAUUCAGCAAAGUGCAUUCGAACGCUAACGUCUUCAGGUCAAGUUACUCUUGGAGAUGCUUGUUCUGCCACCACCAGCCGGACAGUUACUAUUCCUUCCGGGGAAAACCAAGUCAAUCAAAUUGCACUGAACCCAACUGGCACCUUCCUCUAUGCAGCUUCUGGAAAUGCUGUCAGAAUGUGGGAUCUUAAAAGGUUUCAGUCCACAGGAAAAUUAACGGGACACCUAGGCCCUGUUAUGUGUCUUACUGUAGAUCAGAUUUCUAGUGGACAAGAUUUAAUCAUCACUGGCUCCAAGGAUCAUUAUAUCAAAAUGUUUGAUGUAACUGAAGGGGCUCUUGGAGCUGUGAGUCCCACCCACAAUUUCGAGCCCCCUCAUUAUGAUGGCAUUGAAGCAUUAACCAUACAGGGGGAUAACCUGUUUAGUGGUUCCAGAGAUAAUGGAAUCAAGAAAUGGGAUUUAGCUCAAAAAGACCUUCUACAGCAAGUUCCAAAUGCACAUAAGGAUUGGGUCUGUGCCCUUGGAGUGAUGCCAGGCCACCCAGUUUUGCUCAGUGGCUGCAGAGGGGGCAUUCUGAAACUCUGGAACAUAGAUACCUUUGUGCCAGUUGGAGAGAUGAAAGGUCAUGAGAGUCCUAUCAAUGCCAUAUGUGUUAAUUCCACCCACAUUUUUACUGCAGCUGAUGAUCGAACUGUGAGAAUUUGGAAGACUCGAAAUUUGCAAGAUGGUCAGCUCUUUGACACAGGAGAUACGGUGGAAGAUAUUGCCAGUAAUUAA